GAGGCCGCCCCCGAGAGGCGGGGUCAGGGUGAGAGAGGGGCAGCAGCUGCCUUGUGCGCCAGAAAACCCCUGCCGGCCGGCUGCGCGGACACAGGCUGCGUGGACAACCGGACCUGGACAUCCGAGGCUCCCGGACCACCAGGAACCGCCCAAUAUGGCAUCAGAGAGUGGAAAGCUGUGGGGUGGCCGGUUUGCGGGUGCUGUGGACCCCAUCAUGGAGAGAUUCAACGCAUCCAUCGCCUAUGACCGGCACCUGUGGGAGGUGGACGUGCAGGGGAGCAAGGCCUACAGCCGGGGCCUGGAGAAGGCGGGGCUCCUCACCACAGCGGAGAGGGACCAGAUCCUGCACGGCCUGGACCAGGUGGCGGAAGAGUGGGCCCAGGGCACUUUUAAGCUGCACCCCAAUGACGAGGACAUCCACACAGCCAAUGAGCGGCGCCUGAAGGAGCUCGUCGGAGACGUGGCGGGGAAACUGCACACGGGACGCAGCCGCAACGACCAGGUGGUGACGGACCUGCGGCUGUGGAUGCGGCAGACCUGCACCUCGCUCUCGGGGCUGCUGCGGGAGCUCAUCCGGACCAUGGUGGACCGGGCAGAGGCGGAACGCGACAUCCUCUUUCCUGGGUACACACACCUGCAGAGGGCCCAGCCUAUCCGCUGGAGCCACUGGAUCCUCAGCCACGCUGUGGCGCUGACCCGGGACUCCGAGAGGCUGCUGGAGGUGCAGAAGCGGAUCGAUGUCCUGCCCCUGGGGAGUGGGGCCAUUGCGGGCAACCCUCUGGGCGUGGACCGGGAGCUGCUCCGAGCAGAACUGAACUUUGGGGCCAUCACACUCAACAGCAUGGACGCCACCAGCGAGAGAGACUUUGUGGUGGAGUUCCUGUUCUGGGCGUCCUUGUGCGCGACCCACCUCAGCAGGAUGGCCGAGGACCUCAUCCUCUACAGCACCAAGGAGUUCAGCUUCGUGCAGCUCUCGGACGCCUACAGCACCGGCAGCAGCCUGAUGCCCCAGAAGAAGAACCCGGACAGCCUGGAGCUCAUCCGCAGCAAGGCGGGCCGCGUGUUUGGGCGGUGCGCCGGGCUCCUCAUGACGCUCAAGGGACUUCCGAGCACCUACAACAAGGACCUGCAGGAGGACAAGGAAGCCGUGUUUGAAGUGUCCGACACCAUGAGCGCUGUCCUGCAGGUGGCCGCGGGCGUCAUCUCCACGCUGCAGGCCGGCCCCCGGACGGGAUGGGGAGCGCGGCCGGCCCUGCGGCCCUGGAACCCCGGGGGCCCCGCGGCCGGAUUGGGCGCCGCUGGCUGCGGUUCUCUCUGCACUGGCAUCCUCAGGGAGGUCGCCCGGCAGAGCCCUGGGGCAGGCCUGCAGGGUGCCGGGCUCUGCUUAGCUGCAGGCCUGUCAUCCCGGCACUGUGGGAGGCCGAGGCAGGAGGAUCCCAAGUUCAAGCUCAGCCUGGACAACUGAGUAACUUAGCAAGACCUUGUCUCAAAAUAAAAAAUAAAAAGGGCUGGGGA